GGGCAAAGGUCAUUUUCAGUUGUACUGCCGGGCUAAAGGUCAGAGGUCCCUGAUGGUUGCCAGGCAGAGAUGGAUCAGGAAAGAAUUGAAGUGCCUCCAAAGGAUCCCCUUGACCUUCCUUUGUCCAUCUUGGAAGUGGGCUGCUCAGGAAAGUUUGAGUUAAUCACAGAGCCUGCGAGAAAGAAUGGGUACAUCUUCCCCUUAGCGACGCUUCCGCAUGGCUUACCACCAUACGCCUUGGACCUCAUCACUGAGGCAGAGCAACGCUUCCUGUCCGACCCCUCGUUUCUCCCCCUCCAUCACUUUGAAAACUCCCAGAAGGUCUGGCCGAGAGAGGUAUGCGUGGAUUCUCUGUAUCAUGUCGAUGUCACCCCUGUUCAUUCAACGCUUAAAGUGGAGAGGAACCAGACCACUGGCGAGUUGCUGGGCUAUAAAGAGGUACUUCUAGAUGAUAUGGGAUUGUCAACAAAGAACUCCCUUUCUCUGCAGCGACCACCUGGCCCUCCGUCACAGUCUGUAAGAGGCAGUUCCACCAAUUACCCAUUCUGGCCAGGGGGCUUGGAUGAGCCGAGUUUGGAUACAAUUAAGUCAAAGGGAGAACUUGAGGAAAACAUUGACUUUGAGAAGGAUUUACUGACUGUGCCUCCAGGAUGGAAAAGAGGAAUGGAUUUCAAAAAAAAAGAGCACAAAGUGACCCCUGGCUUACUGAACCUCUCGAACCUUAUUGGAGCGAUGGAUGACUUAAAUCUGGGGGGAUCCAGCGAUGAAGAGGACGAGAAAAAGGCAACUGAGACCAAGCGGCCUUUCCACAGAACCAACAGCUUGGAAGAUUUGGUUUUACAGGAGCUGAAGGUCACUCCUCAGCCUGACCAAAGUGAGCAGAAAGAGGAAGGGUCCGUCCCCGAGAAGGAGCAGUGGGCUGUCCCAGUUGAUAUCAGCACCCCUGUGGACGAUUUCUACAAACGUAUCCCAGAUCCAGCUUUCAAGUGGCCCUUCGAGCCAGAUGUCUUUCAGAAGCAGGCAAUCCUUCGCCUUGAGACUCACGAUUCCGUGUUUGUGGCGGCCCACACGUCAGCAGGAAAGACUGUCGUCGCUGAGUACGCCAUCGCACUUUCACAGAAACACAUGACCAGGACAAUCUAUACAUCGCCGAUUAAGGCCCUGUCCAACCAGAAAUUCCGGGAUUUCAAGAACACCUUUAAGGAUGUUGGCCUUCUGACCGGAGAUGUCCAGUUACACCCAGAUGCUUCCUGCCUCAUCAUGACGACCGAAAUUCUCAGGUCCAUGUUGUACAAUGGCUCGGACGUUAUUCGUGAUCUUGAAUGGGUGAUAUUUGAUGAAGUCCAUUACGUCAACGAUGCUGAGAGGGGUGUCGUAUGGGAGGAAGUGCUGAUCAUGCUCCCGGACCACGUGAACCUCAUUCUUCUGAGUGCCACAGUUCCCAAUACCCUGGAGUUUGCCGACUGGAUCGGGAGGAUAAAGCAGAAGAAGAUUUACGUGAUCAGCACCAUGAAGAGGCCGGUGCCCCUGGAGCACCACCUGUACACUGGUAACAGCCAGAAGACACAGAACGAACUCUUCCUGCUGCUCGACGCUCAGGGGAACUUCCUCACCAAGGCGUACUACGCAGCAGUUGAUGCGAAGAAGGAACGGAGCAGCAAGCACUCGCAGUCUUUCGGAGCCAAGCAACCGGUGUACCACGGAGGCUCCAGCCAGGAUAAGAGCGUGUGGUUGUCCUUGAUUGACAUGCUGAGGAAGAAGGACAGCCUUCCCAUCGUGGCGUUCACCUUCUCGCGGAACCGCUGUGAUGAGAAUGCCAACAUGCUCACCACCGUUGACCUCACCAGCACUGUGGAAAAGAGCGAGAUCCACAUUUUCUUCCAGAAGUGCAUCUCCCGGUUAAAGGGCACCGACAGAGAGCUACCGCAGGUCCUUCAGAUGGUGGAACUUCUGAAGCGGGGGAUUGGUGUCCAUCACAGUGGGAUCCUUCCAAUCCUGAAGGAGGUUAUCGAGAUGCUGUUUACCAGGGGCCUUGUAAAGAUUCUCUUUGCUACAGAGACCUUUGCGAUGGGAGUGAACAUGCCAGCCAGAACUGUGGUGUUCGACACAAUCCGCAAGCACGAUGGGACAAACUUCCGAGACCUGACACCAGGUGAAUAUAUUCAGAUGGCUGGGAGAGCAGGAAGAAGAGGACUGGACACAACAGGGAUGGUCAUCAUCCUGUGCAAGUCUGGGGUCCACGAGAUGGCUGACCUCCACAAGAUGAUGUUGGGGAAGCCAACGCUAUUGCAAUCACAGUUCCGUCUAACCUACACCAUGAUCCUGAACCUGCUGCGGGUGGAGGCGCUCCGGGUGGAGGACAUGAUGAAGCGAAGUUUCUCCGAGUUCCACACCAGGAAGGAUACCAAGAUGUACGAGCAGCAAAUUCAGGAGCUGGCGAAGAAGCUGUCAAACAUGGAUGAGGUGGAGUGUAUUGGUCAGCUGAGUGAUUUGGAGCACUACUACAAUACUGUGCGGGAGCUCCUGUACACGAGGAACACUCUGCAGAAAAGCAUCAUGGACUCCACAAGCGCUUUCAAGGCACUGUCUGUCGGGCGAGUCCUGGUGGUUAAAAACCAACGUCACAAGAAUGCCCUGGGAGUGAUCCUGCAGGUUUGUACAGAUUCCAGCAACCGAUCGUUCACCACCCUGGUCCUCUCAGAGCCCAGGCAAGAGGACACGGGGAAAGAUGUUGAGGAAUUACCUGUGGCACCGACUCCUGACUACCUCCUUACCAAUAAACUCUUCCUUCCUGAAGGACCCUGUGGCCACGUGGUGGAGAAACUGACCGCCAAGGACAUCGGCAGCAUCACCGUUAAAACCCUGCGCAUCAACGCCGACAAAAUCAUCGAUGACUACAAGAAGAGGCAGAUUCCUCGCUUUAGGAAUGACCCACCCGGUCCGUCGGUCACCACUGCCACUCAGGAGCUCCUGCGGCUGGUUGAGGCCCACCCUGAUGGCCUUGCUGGCCUGGACCCCAUUGGCGACCUGCAGCUGAAGGACCUGGACCUGGUCGACAGCUACACCAGGGCGAGGAGACUCGAGGACUCUCUCAGCACGUUUACCUGCGUCCACAGCCCCAGGUUCUCCACCGAGUACACACGGAUGCAUGAGCGGAUGAUGAUCAAAGAUGAGCUGGAACGACUGCGUUUCCUAGUGUCGGACCGGAGCCUGAUGCUGCUCCCAGAGUAUGAACAGAGAGUUAAUGUGCUGAAGGCCCUCAAGUACAUCGACGAGAGUUGUGCUGUGCAGUUGAAGGGCCGGGUGGCCUGUGAGAUCAGCAACCAUGAGCUAAUUGUGACGGAGAUGGUCUUUGAGAACGUGCUGACAGACUUGCGGCCGGAGGAGAUUGUCGCUCUUCUGUCCUGUCUGGUCUUCCAGCAGAAAACGCAGGUGGAGCCUGAACUCAAUGAGGUUCUACGCAAGGGGAUCGAGCGGAUCCGUGGUGUUGCCGAGAGGAUAGCCACCCUGCAGCGGGAGUGCAGCCUGCGUGAGUCGGUUGAGGAUUACGUGGAGCAGUUUAAGUUUGGUUUGGUGGAAGUGGUGUACGAGUGGGCCCGGGGUCUGCCCUUUGCUGAGAUCACCAGGCUUACGGACGUCCAGGAGGGCAUCAUUGUGCGGUGCAUCCAGCGGCUGAACGAGACCUGUCGCGACGUGCGCAACGCAGCCCGCAUCAUCGGGGACCCCACCCUCAAUGCCAAGAUGGAGCAGGCCUCGAAUCUCAUCAAGAGGGACAUUGUGUUCGCUGCCAGCCUGUACACCCAGUGAGAGCCGGCUGGCCAACCAUCUUGCACUGGGACCCUGUGCUUCUGCCCCCGUCGCUGCCACCUCCUGCCGUAUCGAUUAAAUAACAGCCAAGCAAGAACCUAUGCCUCUUCGAUCCAGCUACCUCCUACAUUGGUGAUGCCAUCGGGUCAGCAUCGCCAUUGUCAUGGGUCCAAGGGGCAAGGUGUUUUCAGCCCCGCAGCCCUGAACCAGCAUAGCCCCAGCAGCCUUGUACCAACCAUGCCAGCUGGCAGCCGCAGCUGGACUGGGUAUUGCGAAGCUUCCAACCUGCUGAGAGGACACGGUGACAGGGCAGGUUCCUACAGACCCAUCACUAGAAAUUCUCCAUGUCGGGCAGUGGGCGUGUGUAUGUGUGAGACCUCGUGUUCCAGACCACAAAAUGAACAUUUCAUCCAUUUUGAUCCGUGCUACUCUCAGACGCUGCUUUCAGCCAGACUCUGAAAGGUGUGAUUAUAAACACAAGACUGUUUGUUUAACUUUCAGCACGAUGUGAACUUUAGUAACUACAUUGAAGUCCUGUGUUGUCAUGAAGGCACUGCACACGGCGCCUGGAGGAGGAGCCCAUUCUGUGUGUUAUGCCUGUGCCAGCUCUUCGAUCGAGCCACCCACUCAGUCCCACUUACUCCAUGUCCCUGAGGGCGUCUCCCUUUCAAAUAUUUACCUAAUUCUGUUUUGAAAUUUGAAACAGUGAUGCACACAGUUCCACUGCCUGUUGCUGCGCUGGUGAGUGAUCACAUACAUGCAUGAGUGUACAGGUGGUGUGUUUUACUCCGGUUUCUCACAGGCAAAAGGAAAUGGUGAGGUUGCAACAAUUCGAAAAUUAUAAAGCUCAGAAUGCAACCUCACCAGUUGCAAUCUUCCACUGCCUCUCACCCCAUUUGCUCCCAACUUCCCUUCCAUUCCCUGCCUUCCUAAACCAAUCCGUAAAACUGUUGAGCAAGAUUCCCUAAUCCCAGAGUGAAAUCCCGACCUUGUUGCUCAGGCCAUCUCAUCACAUUCUUCUCUUUUAUUCUUUCAAGGUUGUUCCACAACCCAGCGCCUUUUUUGGAUAAUGAAAAUCACAGCGCGUAAUGAGAUUCGUUCUGCCCCCACUGCACACCACCACAAAACUGCUAUUUUCAACACAUGGUUACAACAAAACAUGGUUACAAUUGCACCCCCUCUUUCUUCAACGCCUCCCACUGCCCCCCCCCCCCCCAACUUCCAAUCUCUCCAAAUCCUUCACCUACUCCUGACUUAGCCAGCCAGAAUUGGGAAUCUUGUCUAUCCAAACGCCCCAAUCAGUCAAAAUGCUCUUGUUCACAACCCUCCUUCCCGAACAUUGGUUAUUUAUAACUGACGGAGAGAAGGAAAAUUUCGAGCACAAGUAGAUGAAACACAUUCACACUCACCGUAGUCUAUCGUUCUCCCGCUGAGAUUUCCACCUGGAAUUUUCUCUUGGCCCUGUCCAGUAUAUUUACUGUAAUGCCUGUUGUCAAGCGGCAAGGUGACAGGAACUGUGAUAUAAUUCUGCAUUUAGCCUACACAGAGGCUGCCAGCGGUUGUUUGGAGCUUGGUACUUACUCAGCGCAAUUAGCGUUAAUUCUACUGCAGCAAGUAACAAGAGGAAAUAAAAACUGAAUUUGCCAGAACCCAUUCAUUCCCGUUGCCGAUCUCGAUGCAAGUGUUGCUUCUUUUGACCCAGUAAGUUAAAUUUCUCUGCAGGAAGUUCCAAGGGUAUUAAAUCUCUGUAAGAUAGCUCUAUGAGUUGUUUAUGGCUAAACCCAGGAUGAAUAACAACAAUUAAUAAAAAUCAUUUGAAUGAA